AUGCAUGAUAUUGGACACUGUGCCUGUGGCGAUUCUGAGCACGGAGAUAGACUGUCAGAUGGCCGGAUAGGCAUCAGAGAGUUGGAAUUGAACCAGAAAGUUCGAAAAUGGGACAAGCUUGUGCAGCCCGGAGCACACAGAAACUCUCAACUAAUCCGGACCAAGGAGACCACCUGCUAUGGAAUCAAUCCAACGCUUUGGCAACCUGGUAGUAUCCCAGCCCACAUGCUUCCUUUGGGUGGCACGGCAACCAGACACCGAAAGGAUGCUCUAGCUGAACGAUUAUCUCCAAUGCAUGGUGGUAACAUGAAACUCAUUUCAAUGGAGCUUUGGACACUGGUUGUAAGGCGGGUCCAACUGGCUUUGGAUUCCCCUUUGAUGCUCACACACUACUUGCCCAUCUCACUGAAUGAUUUAUACACAAGAUUCCUUUUUUAG